AGAUACCCGGCCCAUUAAUUGGUGAAUACUAACUUCGUUUUGUGCCAUGAAGGGGUUGGUGAUGCUGUCCCUGUCAUCUUUGUUCUUCCUGGUGGUGCCCUCCAAGUGCGGCGAUGGCGUAGGGCUGAGGCCCUGCCGGCCACCGUCGCAGCUCGGCAUCGCGUUAUUCUACGUGUCAACCUACACAACCGCAUUCGGGAUCGGCGGGUACCAGCCGUCGGUGGCGACGUUCGGGGCGGACCAGUUCGACGAGUCGGACGCCACGGAGCGGCGCUCGAAGCUUGCCUUCUUCAGCUACUUCUACGUGGCGCUCAACGUCGGCUCCCUCUUCUCCAACUCCUUCCUGGCGUUCUACGAGGACAAGGGCAUGUGGAUCAGGGGCUUCUGGGUCUCCACGGUGGCUGUUGCGCUUGGGCUUCUCGUCUUCCUCCUGGGCACGCCGUACUACCGCCACUUCAAGCCCACUGGCAACCGGGUCACGCGCAUGGUCCAGGUGUUCAGUGCUGCAUUCCACAAGAGGCACAUCCAGAUGCCCCCCGGUGAGGACCUUCAUGAGGUUGAAGAUGAUGAGGAAUCAGGGAUUCGCAAACUCUUGCACAGGGAUCAACUCAGGUGUCUUGACAAGGCAGCCAUUGUGACUGAGGAGGACUACCACGCUGGGAACACCAAGAACCCAUGGAGGCUGUGCACGGUGACGCAGGUGGAGGAGGUGAAGUGCAUCCUGGGCAUGAUGCCCAUAUGGAUCUGCACCAUCGUCUACUCUGUCGAGUUCACCCAAAUGGCGUCCACGUUCGUGGAGCAAGGCACGGCCAUGGACACCAACCUCUUCGGCAGGUUCCGCGUCCCCGCCGCGAGCAUGUCGGUGUUCGACAUCACCAGCGUGCUCCUCUCCGUCCUCGCCUACCGCUUCGUCGUCGCACCCGUGGCGUCGAGGCUCACCAAGAACCCCGACGGCAUCACCGACCUCCAGCGCAUGGGCUCCGGGCUGAUCAUCGCGCUGUUCGGCAUGCUCGCCGCGGCGGUCGUCGAGAUAAACCGCCGGCGACGUGUCGUGGCCAUGGACCAGCCGAGCCCCAUGAGUGUCCUGUGGCAGGCGCCGCAGUACGUGCUGAUCGGUGCCUCGGAGGUCUUCAUGUACAUAGGCCAGCUAGAUUUCUUCAGCGGGCAGAUGCCGGAUGGCCUCAAGUGCUUCGGCAGCUCGCUGUGCAUGGCUUCCAUCUCGCUUGGAAACUUUGCGAGCAUGCUGGCGGUCAGCGCGGUCACCGGCAUCACCACUCGGCGAAACAGGAGAGGCUGGAUCACGAAGAACCUGAACUAUGGCCACCUUGAACUGUUCUUCCUGCUCCUGGUUGGUCUGUCGAUUCUGGACUUCAUUCUUUUUGUGGCAUUUGCCGUCAUAUACAAGGGCACCGAGUUUAAGGAGGGAGGGAAACAUAUCUCUAUAGACAUAUAGCAGGCUACUGCCAAAGGAGAUUAAGAAUAUAUAUGUACCAU